AUCCAAAAACCAUUGCGAAGAAGUCUUUGAGAAAAGGGUCAAAGUAAACUUUCUUCUUCUUCUGAAGCUUCUUCAUCUUUCUAUGUGCCUCUUAUUGUUAAGGGCUAUUCUUGAUUUUUUCUCACAGGCAAAUUGGGAAAUUUCUGAGUUUUAGAGGGUGAAACGGCUAUCUUUUGAAUUCAAGCUAACAUUUGUUUGAGCACUUGUGGAAACUCAUGAUGGGCCACAAUCUCUUUUAACAAUUCUCUAGCAAAUUUGUGUGUUUUGAAAGCGACCCAGAGCUGGGACUUGAAUGGAAAUGUGUAUUCGCAAAGAAUUUGUAUGAUCAGGUGGGAGCUGCUUCACUUGAAUUUAUCGAAGGAAAUCAAAGUGAUAACACUUUUGGCUGGUUGUAUACGUAUGUUGGGAAUCUGAAAAGUUGAUCUUCCCUGUCAGUAAGGAUUUGUCACUUGUAGUUGAGCUUCGCCUUGUGAGUUUCAUUUCAAGGGGUUGUGAUUUGGAUUUGAACUUACCAUGGAUGAAGCUCCUUGCAGCGUCAAUGCACUGCCGCCGUUUAUUGCAAAGAUAUAUGAAAUGGUGGAUGACCCCUCCACUGAUCCAAUAGUCUCAUGGAGUACAAAUAAUAAAAGUUUUAUUGUUCGUAAUCCUCCUGAUUUUGCAAGAGAUUUGUUGCCCAGAUACUUUAAGCACAAUAAUUUUUCCAGCUUUAUCCGACAGCUAAACACUUACGGAUUCAAGAAAAUAGAUCCUGAACAAUGGGAAUUUGCAAAUGAGGAUUUUCUUAGAGGUCAGCCACACCUUUUGAAGAAUAUCUAUAGACGGAAACCUGUUCACAGUCAUUCUGUACAGAAUAUUCAUAUCCUUUCAUCAUCUGCAUUGACCGAAUCGGAAAGACAAGGGUAUAAGGAAGAUAUUGAAAAGUUGAAGCAUGAGAACGAAUCGCUUCAUUUAGUACUACACAGACAUAAACAGGAUCAUCAAGGACUUGAAAUGCAAAUGCAGGUCCUUAACCAACGUGUCCAACAAGUGAAAGACCGACAAAAGAACGUGCUGUCUACUUUAGCUCGAACCAUAAAUAAACCAGGAUUAGCUUUGAGUCUCAUGCCACAACUGGAAAUGAAUGAAAGGAAGAGAAGGUUGCCAGGAAACAGUUUUCUUUACAAUGAAACAGGCCUUGAAGAUAAUCAAGCGAGUUCUUCUGAAAAAUCGACUAGGGAAAAUAUGGACCCAACUUCUCUUUUGACUCUCAACAAGGAAGUGCUAGAUCAGUUGGAAUCUUCUUUGACCUUCUGGGAGUAUACACUGCGUGACAUUGAUCAAGCUAGAAUGAGACAGAGCUCUUCAAUAGACUUGGAUGAAUCCAUCAGUUGUGCCGAUAGCCCUGCUAUAUCUUACCCACAACUAACUGUUGAUGUUGGAUCUAAGGUUUCUGAUAUUGACAUGAACUCUGAACCUAAUGGAAACACUACUCCUGAUGUUACUCCGCCAGAAAACCGAGUAGAGACUGCUAGUAAUAAUGUGCCAACAGGAGUAAAUGAUGUAUUCUGGGAACAAUUCCUUACUGAGAACCCUGGUUCUACUGAUGUAAAGCCGGAAAGGGAAGAUAUGGAGCGCAAAAUAAGUGAAUCCAAGACAGUUGAGGAUGGGAAAUUUUGGUGGAACAGGAAGACUGUAAUUAGCCUUACAGAACAGUUGGGACAUCUUACUCCAGCAGAGAGAAUGUAAUGUGGCAGGGUAUGUACUAUUUUUGAUAGCAAAUGUUUUUUUGCCUGUUUCUUGUUGUAAAUUUAGAGAAAGUAAUUUGUCAGAGUACAUAGAAUUUUGGUAUAUUAACCUUCUUUUUUUGUUUUUACCUUGUUCGGC